AUGGCGACUGCAUUCCACCUCUUCUCCGACCUGCCCGCUGAACUGCGCGUGCGUAUCUGGCACGUUGCCCUCGAGGACGACUACCACGAUCUCAAUGGCCGCAACCGCAUCAUCGAGCUCCAUAGCUACAACCCAACAUCGAAUACAAUCGCUGUCGCGGUAUCGCGUCGUUAUCCAACGCUUUUCGAAGUCAACUGCGAAGCGCGAUGUGAAGCUGCCAAAGCCGGCGGCGGAGAGUGGGUUACAGUCAACGCACAUUGCCAGAGCAGAUGUAAGACGAAGUACACGACCACCUUCAGCGUGUACAUGAACUUCUCGCAGGACGUUCUCUUCCUCUCCUCCCGAUUCCUCGUCGACAACGACGACCGCGGAGGACCAGGUAUCAGCAUCCCGGUGUGUCUUGAGGAGAAGAAAGUGCGUUUUUUGGUUACUUUACUGCGUCCCAGCGUCAUCAAGAAGAUUGCGUACCUCAUGCUCACGGCGGACCUUAUUCAUGGACAUUACAAGGGCAAACUCCUCGAGCUGUUCACUGCUCUCAAGCGUAUUCAUUUCCAGGCUCACCAUCGUUUUCAUCAUCUUCCCCGAAUCAGUGAAUCUGUCCUACAACACGUCCGGAAGGUCUUCGACGCAGAACCACCACAGGUGUCCUACCACCAUAUGUACGAAGUCCCUGAGCGGAGUACUCUGAUUUGGCUCUCAGUGUCUGGCGUGUCAAAUGUGGAGUAUGACGGCAUUCGCAAGGUCGAGUGGGGAUUCAGGAAGGACCUGUGGGUUCCGAGGGCGAAGAAGAACGGAUCGGGGACUCUGCAAAAGAUUGCGUAG